AUGAGAAUCAAUCUCAGCCAGCUCUCUUCGCUACUAGUCUUCUUCCUCUACCACCACCUCAAUCUUUUCCAUACACAAGCUCAACCAUCAAACACUACAGGCUACACAUGCACACCCAAUGCACCCACCUAUCCAUGCCAAACCUAUGCCUUUUACAGAGCUAUGGCACCCGACUACCUCGACCUUGCCUCCAUCGGAGACCUUUUCUCCGUUAGCCGCCUCAUGAUCUCGAUUCCAAGCAACAUAUCAUCUCCUACCUCCCCUCUUCUCCCCAACCAAUCCCUCUUUGUUCCAUUAAGAUGUUCAUGCAACUUCAUCAACAUUAGUCUUAGUCUAUCCUAUGCUGGCCUUAAUUUUACUAUCAAGAAAGAUGACAGUUUUUACCAUGUGUCCACCUCUCUCUUCCAAAACCUCACCACCUACCAAUCUGUUGAAGUUGUUAAUCCCAAUCUCAUCCCAACCCUCCUUCAAUUAGGCACCAAUAUUCUCUUUCCAAUCUUCUGCAAGUGUCCCAACACCACACAAUUGCAGAACCAAACCAAUUAUCUCAUCACCUAUGUUUUCCAACCUUCUGAUACCUUACCCUCCAUUGCUUCAAGGUUUGGGUCAAAUCUACAGUCCAUAGUAGAUGUCAAUGGACAAAGCAUUCAGCCAUUUGAGACGAUUUUCAUUCCGGUCCAACGGGUUCCUCAGCUUUCACAGCCUACUGUUGCUCCUGUUGAUCUUGGGAAGACACAGAGGAAAGGUGUUGUUAUAGGAUUGGCAAUUGGCUUGGGACUUUGUGGACUUCUGCUGACAUUGGUGGUUGUUUUAUGGGGUCAUAAAGAGAGUUUGAUGAAGAAGAACAGAGGAAAGAAUAGAGAUAAUGGAAGGAAGGGGUUGCAGAAGGAGGUGGAGGAGAAUUUGAUGGCUGAUGUUUCUGAUUGUUUGGAUAAGUACAGGGUUUAUGGGAUUGAAGAACUGAAAGAAGCAACAGAUUUGUUUGAUCAAAAAUGGCUUAUUCAAGGUUCUGUGUACAAAGGUUGUAUAGAUGGAGUGAUCUAUGCCAUCAAGAAGAUGAAGUGGAAUGCCUAUGAAGAACUCAAGAUCUUGCAGAAGGUAAACCAUGGCAAUUUGGUGAAGCUAGAGGGCUUUUGCAUAGACCCUGAAGAAUCAAAUUGUUAUUUGGUCUAUGAAUAUGUUGAAAAUGGAUCUCUACAUUCAUGGCUGCAUGGAAAACAGAAUGAAAAGUUGAGCUGGAAAAUAAGGCUAAGAAUAGCAAUUGAUGUUGCCAAUGGUCUCCAAUACAUUCAUGAACACACAAGGCCUAGGGUUGUACAUAAAGACAUCAAAAGCAGCAACAUUCUCCUAGAUGCCAAUAUGAGAGCCAAGAUUGCCAAUUUUGGGCUAGCGAAAUCAGGCUGCAACGCCAUAACAAUGCACAUUGUAGGCACUCAAGGUUACAUUGCCCCAGAAUAUCUAGCAGAUGGUGUGGUCUCGACGAAAAUGGAUGUGUUCUCAUUCGGGGUGGUCCUGCUCGAGCUGGUAUCAAGUAGAGAGGUCAUCGAUGAAGAAGGGAAGGUUCUGUGGGCGAACGUUGAUGGGAUUUUAGAAGGGAGAGACGAGAAAAAGGCGAGGAGAUUGAAGGGAUGGAUGGAUAAUGGUCUUCUGCAGGAGUCUUGUUCAAUGGAGGGUGUUGUGAAUGUUAUGGCUGUUGCCAUUGCCUGUUUACAUAGAGAUCCUUCAAGAAGGCCUAGUAUGGUGGACAUUGUGUAUGCACUAUGUAAGAGUGAUGAUUUGUUUCUUGAUGUCUCAGAGGAUGGACUAUCACCAAGGCAAGUGAUAGCAAGAUAG